GAAGUGCUGAAAUAUCUGAACGUCACUGCCACCGCCGCCGCCUUUGGCCAAAGGAGAUCUGCAGCUACUGGCGGGUCGUUCGCAUUUUGGGAUAGUUGAAGAUCGAAUUAGGAAACCUGUCAACAACAACAACCAAGGAUUCAAUAUUUAUAUAUAUAUCUACCCACUAGACAGGAUUCAAUAGCGGAAAUAAAAGUUUUUCGCUCCGGUUUAGUUCAAACGCCUUUAGUUAGAGCUUCACUUUUAGAUCGCCAAGUCAGGUGUAUUUAUUAAACACGUUGUAACGUAUUUCUUUUGACUGAGUUGAUUACAGCGAUUGAUGUGAUUCCUAAUUGUACACUAAAUGGUUAUGGAGAAGAAGAGGAUGGAUUGUCCCUCUCUGCCACCGGGCUGGAAGAAAGAAGAAGUGAUCCGGAAGUCAGGGCUCAGUGCUGGCAAGAGUGAUGUCUAUUACUACAGUCCCAAAGGGAAGAAGUUCCGGAGCAAACCCCAGCUGUCCCGUUACCUAGGCAACACGGUGGACCUGGGAUGUUUUGACUUCCGAACGGGCAAGAUGAUGCCCGGCAAGAUGCAGAAGAACAAACAGAGGCUACGGAAUGAGAACCUCACCAUCAACAAGGGUAAACCAGACCUGAACACAGGACUUCCUAUCAGACAGACAGCCUCCAUCUUUAAGCAGCCCGUCACCAAAGUGGUGAACCACCCCAGCAACAAGGUGAAGACAGACCUGCAGAGAGCCACAGAGCAGCCCAGACAGCUGUUCUGGGAGAAGCGGUUGAAAGGCCUGAGUGCGUCAGACAUAACAGAAGAGGUCCUCAGGAGCAUGGAGCUUCCCAAGGGUUUAACAAGUUUGGGUCCAGACACGUCAGACGAGACACUCCUAUCGGCUAUCUCCAGCGCCCUCCACAUGAGCUCCUCCCCCAUCACGGGCCAGACGACCUCGGCUGCAGAGAAGAACCCGGCUAUCUGGCUCAACACGUCGCAGCCCCUGUGUAAGGCCUUCAUAGUCACCGAUCAGGACAUCCGGGAACAGGAGCAGAAGGUGAUCCAGGCCCGCAGGUGUCUGGAGGAUGCACUGAUGGUAGACAGGAUGGCGAGGGCUUCCGAAUCCAGCAGAGACUCAGAGGACAAGGCUGCAUAGGAGACCAGACAUGUGUCCUUUCUUCCAAAGGCAGAAGAUGAAGACAGACAUCCUAUAGACAGAGGAGGGUUCCUCCACAAUGGAACCCUGGUCCCUAUGUAGUGCACACUAUAUGAAAUAGGGUGCCACUACAGCACUAGGGUUGCAAAGGGAGGGGAUAUUACUGGAAAGUUUACCAGUAAACUACCAGAAUUUUUGGUAACUUUCAAGGAUUUUAUGUAAUCUAUUACAAGACAUCUAGUGGCCCGUUUGGAUACUUCCGAUUAUCACAGGUGUCUGUAAUUGUGAAAUAUGACAUAAUUAAAUGAUAUUUUAAAAUAAAAAAUAUAUAAUUACAAAGCUGUAAAAUAUUAUCUUAAAUAUAAACCAUCAACUUAGUGAAUAUCAUUGGUGUUUAAUAUGAGAGUUUCAGUAUGAAAUAUAUAUUUUUAUUUUUUACACUUAUUUAUUUUAUCAUGUCAACAUGUAUUUGUUGUCAAUGUUGUUAAUGUUUAUUAAAAGCAAUUAUAUUGUCGAUUUUAGAUGUUUUAUUCAUGAAUUAGACCGUUUUCUCCUCAACCACGUGUUCUAUCUACUAGAAAGUUAUGAACAAUAUCCACACAGAUAUAAAUAUUAUAUAUUAAUAAACCGUUUUAAAUAUAAAGUUAAGAUUGCCGUAUAUUUUUGGGGGUUAAUUACCAUAAUUAGUGAAGAUUACGGUCAUUUUGUUAUUAAAUCACCAGUAACUUUGCCUUCAGAGUCGGUCUGCUUCUAUAGUAAACGGUCAAAGUCAUUGAUACCCAUUAUUAUUUUACUAAAUGAUUUUUUUUUUGUGUGUCAGAAUUUUGCACUUAAAUACUAUAUUUUGUAUAAAAAGGCGAAUAUUGAGCAAUAUUAUUUUAUUAUUAUUAUUUGAACUUCUGGAUUUGCAUAUUGCUAACUAUUUUCUUUUUCUUGACUUUUUCAUUUGUAUUUUUUGGUGUUUUUGUUGGUUGUAAAAGGGAUUGAAUAUACUUAUUUUUAGAGUUUUAUAACAAAUGAUCAACCGCUUAUAUAAGACACGUUUAUACCCGGAGAGAGAAAAACACAUGUGGACAUUUGUUGCCUUCACUUUAGACUUUUAAAAUAAAUAAAUGAAUAUAUUC